GGAAGGCUGUUUUUGCCAUGAUGACUAUGAAACUAACUGCAGUUCUGUUGCUGCUUCAGCUGAAUAGUUACUUUGGUUUGGGGAGCUGUGGGAAGGUGCUGGUGUGGCCAAUGGAAUAUAGUCAUUGGAUCAAUAUGAAAACAAUACUGGAUGUACUUGUCCAAAAUGGUCAUGAGGUGAUUGUUUUGAGGUCUUCAAUUUCUAUGUCAAUUAAUGUGGAGAAGGGAUCGUCUAUUAAAUUUGAAGAUUAUCCUACAUCAGUAACUCAAAGUGACUGGGAUCAUAUUUUCACAGAAACACUUGAAAAAGCUAUCUAUGAUCUACCAAAAGAAUCAUCUUGGAGGUAUUUUUCAGCACUGCAAGAUCUUAUGUGGAAAGAAACUGAGUUCAUGAGAUCACUAUGUAAAGAUAUAGUUCUGAACAAGGAACUUAUAUCAAAACUACAAAAAUCAAGGUUUGAUGUUAUUCUGGCAGAUUCCUUCAUGCCUGGGAGUGAGGUGAUUGCAGAGAUUCUGAAUGUCCCUUUUGUGUACACCCACCGACUCUUUCCUGGAUACACAUAUGAAAAGUACAUUGGAGCACUUUCAGUUCCUCCUUCCUAUGUGCCUGUUGCUCUAUCAGAGUUAAGUGAUCAAAUGACAUUUAUGCAGAGGGUGAAAAAUAUGAUGUAUGUGCUUUAUUUUGACUUUUGGUUUCAAGGAUUUAUUGAGAAGAACUGGAAUCAGCUAUACAGUGAAGUAUUAGGAAGACCGACUACUUUAUUUGAGAUGAUGGGGAAAGCAGAUAUAUGGCUUAUUCGAACUUACUGGGAUUUGGAAUUUCCUCGCCCAUCCUUACCUAAUUUUGAUUUUAUUGGGGGACUCCACUGCAAACCUGCCAAGCCUCUGCCUCAGGAAAUGGAAGACUUUGUGCAGAGCUCGGGAGACCAUGGAGUUGUGUUGUUUUCUCUAGGGUCGAUGGUCAUGAACAUGACAGAAGAAAGAGCCAAUGUGGUUGCAUCAGCUCUUGCUCAGAUUCCACAAAAGGUUAUAUGGAGAUUUGAAAGCAAGAAACCAGCCACUCUAGGACCUAACACUCAACUGCACAAAUGGAUCCCUCAGAAUGACCUUCUUGGUCACCCCAAAAUGAAAGCUUUUAUAACUCAUGGUGGAACGAAUGGCAUCUACGAAGCAAUCUACCAUGGGAUCCCUAUGGUGGGCAUUCCUCUGUUUUGGGACCAAGGUGAUAAUAUUGUCCACAUGGAAGCCAAGGGAGCAGCUGUUAAACUGGAGUUCAUCACAAUGUCAAGUGCAGAUUUGGUCAAUGCAGUGAACACAGUGAUUAAUGAUCCUUCCUAUAAAGAGAAUGCCAUGAGGUUAUCAAGAAUUCAGCAUGACCAGCCAGUGAAGCCCUUGGACAGAGCAGUCUUCUGGAUCGAGUUUGUCAUGCGCCACAAGGGGGCCAAGCACCUGCGGGUUGCAGCCCACGACCUCUCCUGGGUCCAGUACCACUCUUUGGAUGUGAUUGGGUUUCUGCUGGCCUGUGUGGCUACUGUGAUAUUCCUCCUCACAAAAUGUUGUCAAUUUUGUUGUCAUAAGUUUGCUAAAACUGGAAAGCAGAAAAAAAGGGAGUAGUUGUGUCCUCAUCUGAAGUUGGGUGUCCUGAUAGGUAGACAUUCUCCAGUUUAUUCCAGAAAAAAAGUUCUUAGGGUGCCAGAUUCCCUCCUCCUGUGACAAAUUCAUAAAUUACUUCUCCAAGUCAAAUUUUAUUUCCAAGGGCUAUAACCCCUGCUUAUGAAUUAGAAAUAUUUCAUUUUAUAAGAUGUACAAAUUAAGGCAACACUGAGAUUCUAUCUCACCCAGAAAGAAUGGCUAUCAUCAAGGAAUCAACCAAAAACAAAUUCGGUCAAGGCCAUGUGGAAAAAAGUAACAUGGUCUACUCUUGGUGCCAUUGGAGACUAGUACAACCACUGUGGAAAUCAGUGUGAGGAUUCAUCAAAACUAGCACUAGCGGUUCCAUUUGACCAAGCUAUCCCUGUUCCAAGUGUUUUCCCAGAAGAACUGAAAGCAUCAUUCCACAGCAAUACAUAUGCACCUGUGUAUCUGAGCAACUAAUUUGAAUUUUUAUCAGCAUAAUUUGUUAUAGAUAAAUGUUAGAAACAACUGCAAUGAACAUCAAUUAUGGAAUGAAUGAAAAAUGUGAUUUUUUACAUAAUGGAGUACUACACAGCCAUAAAAAGGACAACCUUGAGCUAAUUAUACGUAAAUGGAUACCACUAGAGACCAUAUUCAUAAGUGAAAUCAAACUCAUCUAUAAACAUCAUAGUAUCUCCCUAACUUAAGAAA